AUGGCCGGCUCGUCCAUGGUGGUUUCGUACGUGGCGGCCGUCAACCAGUCGCUGUUCAUCCUGUGGGGAGCGACCUACUCGCUGGACUGGUUCUGGAUAUCCCUGCUGCUGUUCUCCGUGUUGCCCCUAGUGUUCGGGAGCUACAUCUGCCGCGCGCUCCGCCUGGCCGUGAUUUUCCACCCGAGGGCGAAGCAGGCCCUGCCGUGGCUCAUUCCGGAGCGGAACCACUUGUUCUUUCUGUCGGCGACGGUUGUCGCGUUCUUGAUUGUCCCGAUCUACCAGGACAUGACCUUGGAAGUGUGGAAGGUGGACGACCUCUUCAACAUCAGCAGGGAGCUCAUCAUCGUCACGAUCUUGUUUCUCAUUCUCGCCAUCGGAAUCAAGUGCGGGCUGUACUACGAGGUGGACAUGUGGACCGGGGGCAACCUCAAUUUCUUCAUAACGGCCGCGGUGUUCGGGGUCAGCGUGGUGGGUCCGCUGCGUCUCCUCGCGGUUGACCCCUUGGCCGGGUCCAAGCAGCGCUGCAUGGACAGAGCGGUGCUCGCUCGCCGGGAUACUCGGAGUGAGGACGUCUCCUACUCGGCGAAGGCCACCGCCGACAUCCGGGGCAGCAGCAGGGCGGUCAGGGUAGCGAGCAGGAAGCUGGAGGAAGGGCUCUACGGCGAUGGAGUCGACGAAAACGACGACGACGGCUGUGAUACCACGCCUACCGCGCCCACGCCGGCGGCUGUAGCGGCAGCGGUAGCGGCGGUGGCGACCUCGUUGUACGACGAGCCACCACCAGCGAACCUCUCGCCCUCUCCCUCGCCGGGGGAUCCCGGGGCGGGAAACUGGCAGUACCAGGGAAUAAACUUUUGCACAAGUCGGGGCGGCGGGGCGGGCGGCGGCGGCGGCGGCGGUGGGCGAGGCGGUGGGGGUAGGGGUGGUGGGGAGGAGAUGGUGGAGGCGUGGGACUUCGAGCGGCUGGCGAGAAAACCCCUGGUGGCCGCCGCGUUUGAGGCGUACACUCGGAAGGCGCUGUGCCACGAGUGCGUGCUUUUCCUCCGAGAGGUUUCUCGGUAUCAGUCGGGAGACUUCCCGGAGCCCGCCGGUCUCUCGGGACCGUCGCAGUACCAAGCUUUCUGCCGAAUUAACGACGUGUUCAUCAGACCCGGUUCUCGCGAGGAAGUUAGCAUCAGUGGAGUGGAACGGAAGAGAUUAAUGGAGUUGGCUCACAAGGGGGAUGUGUUGUUCGAGGCGGGGACCGAGGAGGAAAGAAGGCUGGUUUUCGCGAGGGCGUACCUGGAGGUGAAGACCAUGCUAGAGGAUAACCUCCUACGACGCUUCUUGCAAACCGACCGCUUCAAGAGCGUCCGCGCGCAGCGGCGGAUGAUGCAGAGGGAGAACUUCCCUACGGUAGCGGCCUCCCCGCACCGCCUAGCUGAGGUUUGAUCGACCGCGCCGCCGGCGGCGGUUUCUUUCCUUGGAGAGCGCGAGACUCGUGGUGGUGGCCACGAUGGCCGCGGUUGGCCGUGGUUAUGGAUGAGAUGUGACAGGGAGCGAAGGCGCGUUGCCAUAUUGUAGAGAGCUUCAGAUGUCAAAGAGGUGGGGGUGGUCGUGGUGGUAGAUGCAAAAAAUGAGUGGCGUGAGAGAAGGGAUUUCACGCCACAUCACGUCACGAAAAAACACUUCAAGUCAAGUCACACACGCACACCCUCGUCAUCCCCCGGUGGUUUUUGUUCGUGGAGGCGUGCGCCGUGAAAGACGGCGUUAGAGUUGCCCCCCCCGCUGUAAGCGCAAGAAUGGUCGUGGACGAAGACUGACUUAUCAUCCAACGCCGUGCGGGCAUAGCACGGGGUUUGUCAUGAAUGUAAUGUAUAUGGUGUGGUAUUUUCCUUGCUCGACCCCCCGUCGGUAUCGUUGUAUUCCGGGCAGCCCCCGUAUAUGUAGGAUGUUGUUGCAUUCUGUGUGUCUGCGCUGCUUGUUGUACGAUGUUCGCAGACACGAUGAACGGUUCCUCCGUGUGUAGAUUUAUGUGACAUCCGGGUGGUAUUCGUACUUUUGCGAAUUGCGUCGAUUGGGAAGACAUGCAUGGGUUUGUGCCUCGCUUGUUGCGUUCAGUUUUGCCACGAGCAACGUCAAUUUGUUUCUGCUACAGUACGGAGAGCGAGAAAGAGGGGACGGAGAGCAAAAUAUACAGUGCAGAGUCUAGAAGAGAAAUCUCCGAUCACAACUUACUGAGUGUUGGUAAAGAAACCUCUGGCGGGUUGUCGACACAUGGGCCAAUCGACCGACCGAUUUCCUGAUGUGUUUUUGUAUCACACAGUUGGCGAAAGUUGGAACGUUGGCAAUAUGCGGCAGUGAUUAUGUUGUUUUGCCCAUAGACUAACGUCUUUCAGUGAUGGAUGCCGGCAGCAACCAAGCCGUUGACGAAAUAAUGCCUUAAGAGGUGUGGGACUUGUUUUAGGUUGCUGCGACGAGAGAGUGCAAGAAGAGCGCGUUGAUUGCAUGUAUUGCAAUAUAUCGUGUCACGAAAAUUGGCCAUGAUCGAAUUUCCCGUGCUUGCACCUGCCUCACUUGUUUUUGUAGCCACCGCCCUGCAACUGUACCUUUGAUAUGCAUGGGUGGUAAAAACCAUUACUUGAUUUUUUUGCUUCGGUGUGCUUGUUUCCCACGCGAAAAUGUAUGAAGCUUACUUUCAUUUUUUUUUCGGGCGUUCGGCCGAGGUCUGCCGAGUUGUUGUUGCGUGUGAAUUGAGCGUGCUUGUAAGGUUGUUACGACCGUCGUCUCUUCCAAGCCCCAGAGCUGCACGACGCACGACUCCCGGGCGGUUUGUACCCCAAGACACAUCGGUACUAAAUAUGAUACACGUUUCUGGCUUUUCACCGUUUUUUCUCACGCACAGGUUGGGCGAUGUCCAAGGUCGUACGGUAGCACGCACGGCAAUUGUCGACAUCAACGAACGCAAACUUGCUGGAAUUGCCCUGUUUUCCUGUAGGGCGGGAAGAAGGUGGGGGCAGGCAUGAGUUAGAACGUCGUCUCGAUAGCACCUGCAAUUGUUUUUUAAUUCAGUUUGUGUUUUUGUGUACACGCGUACACCAGAGGCCCACCCACCACGUAUCAUAGGCCUCUCGUGUUUUGAAGAAUCGUUUCUGAUUUUCUGUGUUGUCGGGGUAGACUUUUCCCUUAGGUUUCGAGCUUUUUGACACCAUCGUCAUCUACUCUCAAGGUCUGCAAGUGGUGGCGUGUUGUGGACCUUUUGUUCUCGUUUUCACUUGUUUUUUUUUUGUCUUUCGCGCAGUCCCUGUCCUGUCGUUGUCGGUUCGUUUGUCUUGGGUGUUUUUGCUGCUUGGCCUGCCUUUUUCUCUUACUGUGACCAUCGGAACGAACGAUUUCCUCUGAAAACUUGUUAUCUGUAUUUUCAUUAUCCCUCUCGCUUCUACCAUCUAGACCG